UUUCUACACAUUCUACCACAUUCUAUUCAGGUGUUUAUCUCAGAACCUGGAAAAUUCCGCCAGAAAGUGAAGGUGUGGAUUUAUGAAUACUGGAAUUUUACUGAUUCUUUAGCUAUCAUCCUGUUUAUGAUUGGUUUUGGCUUGCGCUGGUCUGAGCCCCCUGUUCAAACAGCAGGGCGUCUACUUUACUGCUUGGAUAUAAUAUUUUGGUAUGCCCGGCUCCUUGAUCUUUUUGCUGUGAAUCAGCAUGCUGGCCCAUAUCUGACAAUGAUUGGGAAAAUGACAGCAAACAUGUUCUAUAUUGUGAUUAUGAUGGCCAUAGUUCUGCUGAGUUUUGGCGUCUCACGAAAGGCAAUCCUUUCACCAGAAGAACCUCCUUCUUGGUCUCUGGCACGAGAUAUUGUAUUUCAGCCCUACUGGAUGAUGUUUGGUGAGGUCUAUGCUGGAGAAAUAGAUGUCUGCGAAACCAAUCAAGACUGUCCUCCUGGCUCCUUCCUCACACCGUUCCUUCAAGCUGUCUACCUCUUUGUGCAGUACAUCAUCAUGGUCAACUUACUGAUUGCUUUCUUUAAUAAUGUUUAUUAUGAUUUGAAAUCCAUAUCGAACAAGCUCUGGAAGUACAACCGGUACCGCUACAUUAUGACCUAUCAUGAGAAGCCCUGGCUGCCUCCACCUUUCAUUCUCCUGAGCCACGUUGGACUUCUGAUAAACCGCAUCUUCCGCCAUCAACCCUCGAAUGAGUUUGAUCAAGAGGAAGGUGAUGUUGGACUGAAGCUGUACCUGAGUGAUGAUGAGUUGAAGAAACUCCAUGACUUUGAGGAACAAUGUGUGGAAAAGUACUUUCAUGAGAAGCAUGAAAGCUUGAGUUCCAGUGACAGUGAAAAGAUCCGUGUGACGACAGAGAGGGUGGAGGAGAUGUUUCUGCAAUUAAAAGAAGUGUAUGAGAAGGUAUUUUAUAUCAAGGAAUCUUUGCUCUCCUUGGACAGUCAGCUGGGACAUUUGCAAGACCUGUCUGCUUUGACAGUAGACAUCCUGAAAGUGCUUUCAGCUGUAGACACACUGCAGGUGGAAGAAGCGUUACUGGCUGACAAAAAACAUAGGUCCUGUAGAAAGCUGCCGCACAGUUGGAACAAUGUGCUCUAUUCCAAGACCCUGAGCAGUCUAGAAUGUUUGUAUGACAAGAAGUAUCACUACUACAGCAUGCCACCCUCACUCUUACGGAGUUUGGUGAGGAGUCAGUGGCCAUCAGAAUGUACAGACCACAUACUGAGGACUGAGAGUGACAAGCUGGUAGAAGACAGUUCUCAGAAGAUAGAAAUAGAAAGCGAUGACACAUUUACUUCAGGUGUGUCCUCUGAGGCUAAGUCAUCCCCCAGAUAUGGACAAUUUUUGCUAGUUCCUCCUGAUCACCAGCGGGCACCUUUUUCUGACACCAUCACCUUAAACUUGUCCUUUUCGAGCACUCCUACCAAGUACAGGGAAGACAUAUUCGAUGAUGGACUGCAAAGCAGCAUUGCUGUGCAGCAAAACCUGCAGAGCAUCAGCCUUGUUGAAAAGGAGCCAGAAGAUUAUCAAUGGAGUCAGAGAGACUUUAUUAUUCACCUGCCUUCAAAAAAGACUAAUGCCACAGAUGCUGAUCAUUCUCUCAGUGUCCAGAAAUCACUUGAAGUCAGAGAAAAUGCAGCACCCUACUGUGAUGACAUGGAAGAAACUGAAGGUGGUUAUGUGAACUGGGGAUUCUCUGAAGGUGAUGAAAAAGGGAUUUUCAGCUCAAGGGAGAAACAGAAGAAGGACCUGUGCAUACAUUCCACUUUUAACUGUGACUGUAGUUGUACAAAUAGACCUCCCACACACAUACAGAUAAAAGAAUCCAAGUCUUUCUCCUGUAACUCCAACAGCUCACGGCACAGCAUUGUCGUCUCUGAGAAUAAACUGAAACACAGCACCUCCUGGAUCAGCCCACUCUGGAGGCAAUGGAGUUUCUGCAAGAGCUUACCAUCCCCUAAAAAAGAGAGGAGAGUGAAAACCUGCAAGGCCAUAGGUGAGUCUUUACCAUCUUGUGAGCUACACCACAGUGAGGAAACAAAAGCAAAACAACAAAACAGAGACAGAAAGUCUGGGAGAGAAAAGAAGGAUCAAAAACCCCUUCAGGUGCCGGUGAUUAGAGUGGAUGGUUGUUCCCAGAACACCCAAGUAAGCUCAGAGCCUACAGAGAUUGGUCUCUGGGAUGGGGAAGAAAAACACAGGAAGAACUGGCUCACUGUGUCUAAUUUCAGUCAGCUAAGUUUGGAAUAUCUCAGUUACAUGCACCAGAAAAUGAAAAAUCAAGACAUCCAUAGGGAUACCAUACCAUUCUGUGAUUACCUGAGGCAUUCUCGAGAGGAUUUGUGUAACAGCAUGUCUGGAAGCAUCCAUAGAAAUAAUCUGAGCAGGAACUCCUUGUUGAGAGAUGCAGAGGGAACUGACAGUAAGUUUUUGGUUACUUGCCAUUCAUUUCAAUUCCUCUUUGCAAAUCCUACUUUGACAGCUGUUAAAUAUGGAAAAAGAAAAUCAAUUUACUCUAUUUGGAUAGCUAUAAGAAAUGUUUAACAAUUGUUUCGUAUGUUGUUUCCUGAUUUUAUCUUAAAGUGCAAUCUUUUAUCUAAGGUAGUAGUGAAAUCUUGAAAGAAAAAACUUACUUUUAUUUAAGUCUGUCCCAUAAUACUAUCCUUUCCUGGAGGAGUAAUCUCUUUACAAGAUUUUAUCCUUUUAAUUCUUGUUUGGGAGAAGUCCUCAGUUAGAAUUGGGUCUGCAUCUGAGAAUAGAUUAUGAUAUACAAUUUGUAAUGUAUGCUUGAUUUUUCAAAUGCUUGUUUGGUGUAAUUCCUCUGUUUGUGUGGCUUCAUUGAAAUUAGAAAGAUGGUGAAACAUUGAACUCAUUAUGGAAGCCUAUGAAGAAAUUCGGGAUCAUAAUGAGGGCUGACUUUGUUCCACAGCAGUAGAGUGGUAGUUAACCUCACUUGUAUUUGUUGCAUUUUAGUCUGUCUUCCAUUUUUCCUGACAUACCACUUAGCCAUAACAAGUUGUGCAUCUGGAUUUGCAUCUCAUUGAAGAUAGCUGUGAUGCAGAAAUUAGGUGCUCUUUGACUUAUUUAAUUUCCAUGUAUGAUCUUGCUGGAUCACUCCAUGCAUGAAAUGAGGCUUUAGUGAAGCACAUUGCUGCGAGAAUGAGAUGUUUUAGGUUUUCCUCCAGAAUGCACCAUUUCUUUAAUUGCCACUCGAAAAAGGAAUUAGUUGGCCUGCACUCCCCUUUUCAUGCUUGUUGUUUGACAGUGUAUGAAAUACAACAGAGCUAGUUGCGUCUUUCAAGAAUGAGAUCGAAAGGGACCAGGGGGACUUAUUGGAAAUGCAAUCAUCUUGCAAUUUGUUUAUGUUCUUCAUUUAAAAUCUCUUCUUAGGGAUGAGAAGCUGACUAGAUAAAGUAUACAAACAAAAAGAGGGUAAUGUUCACAUAGUUUGAUGAAGACUCAGUUCUGAUUAACUCAUUUUUCAGAAUUGAAAGUAUUACAGCA